AUGAAUUUUGGCGAGUCAAUAGGCGAGGCAUGUGCCACGUUCGCCAUCACCAACAUUGACGACAUGUUCGUGCUUGUCACAUUCUAUGCAGAAGCCUCGACAAGUCGCACUCUAUCAGCAUGGAAAAUUACACUGGGCCAGCUGCUGGGAUUCACAGUCAUUAUUAUAAUCAGUAUGAUUGGAUUUGGAGUGUCUCUGGUCCUGCCCCCUGAGCCAAUUGGCUUCCUUGGCCUUCUGCCCAUUCUGCUCGGACUGUGGAACUUUGCCAAACUGUUCCAGGAUGACGACGAUGAUGACACUGAAAUCACGACAACUGCUACGCUCAAGGGCAUAUUCAAAGUGGCUCUGGUCACUCUUAUGAACGGCGGUGACAAUAUUGGCACAUAUAUCCCACUGUUUUCGCAAAUCGAAAAGAGCGCCAUCGCUAUUUACAUCGUCACCUAUUACAUACUGCUAUUCCUCUGGUGCUUAGCAGCAUAUCUUGUCAUGAGGCAGAGACAUAUUCUGGCAUUUGUACAGAAAUAUGUUGAGUAUCUCCUCCCUCUUCUCUACAUUGGGUUGGGCAUAUUCAUUCUCAUCAAGUCGAAAUGCUAUCCCUGGGCAAUUGAGAAGAUCAACGAGUCAACCGGCUCAACGCCCGGAGAAGGAACGCUUGCUGGCGUCACCACUUUUAUUCUUUUGGUUGCCACAUGUGCUAUGGCAUGGUAUACGGUGGCGAAGAGAAAGCUGCAGGAUACCACCGAGGUCGACCUUGGUUCGGAGUUACCCCAAGUGUCCCCCAUUGAAGCUCCUGCUACACAACAGGAUACGCCCAAAGUCACACAAUGA